AUGACCAAGAAGCAAGACGAGGAACAUGUAGCAUUUGAGCAAAUUAGCCCCGAGGAAGAGGCUGCUCUCGUUCGAAAGCUUGACCGAGUUCUGAUGCCCCUAAUGGCCUUUGUCUACUUCUUCCAGUAUCUCGAUAAGCAGUCCAUCAACUACGCCUCAGUCUUUGGUCUUCGCAAAGACCUCAGCCUUUCAGGCCAAGACUUCUCCUGGAUUAUAUCCCUCUUCUACUUUGGCCAGCUUUGCUCCGAGUAUCCCGCCGCCUACCUCAUGGGCCGUCUUCCCAUCACACUUUUCGUCGGCGUCACAAUCAUCGCCUGGGGCGCCGUCGAAAUGACCCUCGGCGCCACACAUAACUUCUCAGACCUUGCGGCGGCUCGAUUCUUUCUGGGCUUCGCUGAAGGCGCCGUAUCCCCGGCCUUCAUCAUCAUUACAUCAAACUGGUACCGCCGUCGCGAGCACCCGAUCCGCGUUGCGACGUGGGUGUCCAUGUCGGGUGUUUCGCAGAUUCUCGGCGCGCUGAUGAUGUACGGUAUCGGCGGCGCCGCGAAAAUGGCGCUGGAGAAGUGGAGGGUGAUGUUUCUUGUCAGCGGCGGGUUGACGGCGGCGUGUGGCGUUGCCUUUUGUUUGCUUAUGCCGAGAGAUACAACCACGGCCUGGUUCCUUAACGAGAGGGAAAGGGAGAUCGCGACGCGGAGGUUGGCUCUUGAUCGCGGGACCAGAGACCGCGCGGAGUUCAAUACGAAGCAGAUGUAUGAGGCGUUGAGGCAGCCCACGACGUGGUUGUAUUUCAUGAUGGCUCUUUGCAUCACACUGACAACUCCUAUUCUCAAGUUUUCCUCCCUCGUCAUUAACGGCUUCGGCUACUCCCCCUUCACAACAAUGCUCGUCGGUCUCCCCGGAGGCGCAAUCAGCUUCGUCACAAUCUGGGCCAGCGCCCUUAUCCCGCGAUUCUUCCCAGGCACGCGAGUCUACACCUCUAUCGGCCUUUCCCUCAUCCCGCUCUUGGGCUCCGCCAUGCUCCUCGCGCUGCCGCUGCACGGGGCAGAGUGGGGCAUCGUGGCAAGCACCUGGCUCGCGGCUUGCUGCAGCGCGCUCCUGAGCUCCACAGCGUCGAUGAUGGCAUCCAACGUCAAGGGCAACACCAAGAAGAGUGUCGUCAGUGCCGGGUUUUUUAUCGUGUACUGCGUCGGUUGCAUUGUCUCUCCGCAGGCUUGGACUGAAGGGGACGCGCCACGGUAUACCAAGGGGUGCAUACUGAGCAUUGCGAGCUGGGUGGGGUUAAUUAUCACCUAUGCUGUGUAUGGAAUUGUUUUGAAGAGGGAAAAUGCGACGAGGGACCGGCUUGCUGCAGAGGGGAGGUAUGAGUAUGAUGUCGGGGGCCAUGAUGGGGGCGCGGAGGCGGUGCAGAUGGGUGUUGCGGUUGAUUCUGAUUUGACGGAUGUGCAGGACAAGGCGUUCCGUUAUAACUUGUGA